GCCUUCCUGGUAAGAUGCCCUCGUUGCGUAAGGCCGGGCCCGCCUCCCCAGAGGGGGAAUUUCACUCUGCGAUCAGAUAAACGCCUCCAGGCCCUUCCUUUUCCCCUCCCUCGGGUCUGCAGGCGAUGUGUUAUAAAUCCCCCCUGCGACCAGCCAAGAGCCGGCAGAAAGCGGGGACUUAUCGCGGGAUCAUAGCGCUGCCCCCCAGUUGGGUGUCUACACUGAAGAUGCUGGACGUGGACUACACACAAUUUGAGGGGUCCCAGUAUGGAUACAUGUUCCCCAAUGGUUGCAUUUAUGACUUGGAUUCAUGCAAACAAGAACCUGCCUUUCCUACCUGUCUUGCAGAAUCUGAGAGCUCUCCAGAGUCUUGUGCAAACUGGCUGGGGAUGCAGGAGGCCGGAUACGAUCCCUUCGAAACGGGACAUUUUGCCCAGCUGCAGAACGUCCCCCUUUCCUAUCCCCAGAUCCCUUUGGAUGCUGUCUAUAACCAGGAUGGGAUGAUACCUAUGCCUAAUAUGGGCCUGGGCUACAAGGAGGAGUACAACAAUCAGCCUUACGUCCCUUACUGCCAAUACCCGAUUCCCCGGGAUGUCUCCAGUCCAUCAUCUGAAGAAGAUGAAUUCCAUGGGGAUAGCAGGAAUCUGGAGGUGUCUUCUGACAGUGAUUUGGAAGAAAACCUUUCACCGGGGUUUGAUCCAGGCUCCCGACGCAAGUUGCGCCUCUACCAGUUCUUGUUUGAGCUCUUGGAGCGCGGAGAAAUGAAGGAAUGCGUGUGGUGGGUGCAGCGCGAGGCAGGCAUCUUCCAGUUCUCUUCCAAACACAAAGAAGUUCUAGCACACCGGUGGGGGCAGCAGAAAGGCAACCGCAAGAAAAUGACCUACCAGAAAAUGGCCCGGGCCCUGCGGAACUACAGCAAGACGGGCGAGAUCCGGAAAGUGAAGAAGAAGCUCACGUAUCAGUUUGGGACCUCGCUGUUGAGUCAGCCAGCCUCCUCCUAAAUUCUCUCCUCCAGGAAUAUGGGGAUGGGACAAUGUCACAAAUGUACUGGCCUCUCCUCUCAUUUUCUCACGGAAUCCUAUUCUAGUCUCUGCCAAGCAGCUGCGUGCAAACAAUUGCUCUGCAAUGGAACCCAUUUUGAAGAACUAAAGAAUGGUCCAGCUGGUAAUCUCAAAUGCGGCUGUAUGCCAAGACACUUAGGUUCUCAAUCAGAGGAGGAGAGGGAGGAACGAAUGGGUUGGCAAAGGUAACAUGAUCAGGACUUUUUCGGACUACAACUCCCAGAAUCCUCAAGCAGUAGGAAUUUCUGGAUUACUUUUUUGACCAUAGUGCCCCAAAUCCUCAGUCAGCAUGCCCCAAAGAGAAACUUUUCCAUUCAGGGUUAGAAAUGGGCACAAAACUUACUGGAAUGUACAUAGAUAGAGUCAAGAAGUUUAUUUAAUAAUCCAUGGGUGGUUUUAAAAAUCUUCAUAGGGGUGGUGGUGAGGGUUUGGUACAUGAUUGUUUUGAAUAAACAUGUUUUGAAUUCUGUAUAAAUUGUAAAAUAUGAAAAUAAAAGAAUGUGUGCUAUUUUAAAUUUA